AUGAAGCGUCGCUUCCGAGUUGCCCAGCUAUCGAACCACAAUGUCGAUGAACUUAUCAUUGAUUACUGCCAGUGCUUUGGGCGGCGCUACCGCGUUUAUUGGCCCUCAUUAUUACGAGAUGCAGAGUACUUUACUCUGGUGUUCUACCGCACCGUCCUGGACCAAAGCCUCUCUGUUAUUGGCAACGCCGAGCAUGUAAGUAUCGCUGAACCCUGGUUGACAUAUACAGCAUGGAAGAAGAUAUACGGCGACCUCAUCUGUGUUCGAUUGAUUGGACUGGAGUUUAUUGUCAUCAACUCAGAUAAAACUGCAUACACAAUAUUGGAUUAA